GGCUGAGACGCACUUCAAUUGAGAGGGAACGUAUUCGAGGCCUCCUUGCUAGUAUGUAGGCUCCUUCGCAGCUGGGUAGCAUCAGAAGGCACAACGAGAACGGUUGGCCAUUAGAAACAAUUCUGUGUCACUUCCUUUUUUGGCUUUUCGUGUUUGUUUUCUUUAAUCCGCGCUUAGGUGCCAGCUUUGUGGUGCGUAUAAGAAAGAAGCCAUUAAACGACAAACGUUCAGUCUCAACGAUCGAUCCCGAGGCGUAAGGAUACUCCGAGUCUCAUAGUUCAUCUUGAACAUCGGUAGUACGUAAAUCUCGACAGAAAUGAAGUUCUUCAUAACCGCCGCUGUUUGCGCCUUGAUGACCUACGGAGCUUUCGCCAAAAAAUACGCCAAGAAAAAAGCAGGAAGUUACGGAAGGCUUCCGGGUGAAGAUGGUUACGGUAUCUUGGGCCUGUGGCCUAGAUACCCCAUCGGUGGUCUCAGUGGUGCGGCCAUCGGAGAUGCUGGGAUCGGAAGCCUUAGAAGGAGUCUCGCCGGGCCGUCAUUUUUCGGAACUGGUCUCAUCGGCACCGGUGGUCUGGGAUACAGUGGUGUUAAGUACGAGCCCCUCGGCUACGGUGGUGAACGCCAGUCUGGGUACGAUUCUUCGACCGGCGGCCAUCACGGAAGGGCUGCAAUCAGCACUGGUCUCAUCGGCACCGGUGGUAUCGGAUACAGUGGUGUUAAGUACGACCCCCUUGGCUACGGUGGUGGACGCCAGUCUGGCUACAGUUUCUCGACCGGCGGCCAUCAUGGAAAGGCUGCAAUCAGCACUGGUCUCAUCGGCACCGGUGGUAUCGGAUACAGUGGUGUUAAGUACGACCCCCUCGGCUACGGUGGUGGACGCCAGUCUGGCUACGGUUCUUCGACCGGCGGCCAUCAUGGAAGGGCUGUAAUCGGCAUUGGUAUCAUCGGCACCGGUGGUAUCGGAUACAGUGGUGUUAAGUACGACCUCCUCGGCUACGGUGGUGGACGCCAGUCUGGGUAUGGUUCUUCAACUGGAGGCCAUCAUGGAGGGGCUGGUAUCGGCACUGGUCUCAUCGGCACAGGUGGUCUAGAAUACAGCGGUGUUAAGUACGACCCCCUCGGCUACGGUGGUGAACGGCAGUCUGGGUACGAUUUUUCGACCGGAGGCCAUCUUGGAAGAGCUACAAUCAGCACUGGUCUCAUCGGCACCGGUGGUAUCGGAUACAGUGGUGUUAAGUACGAGCCCCUCGGCUACGGUGGUGAACGCCAGUCUGGGUACGAUUCUUCGACCGGCGGCCAUCACGGAAGGGCUGCAAUCAGCACUGGUCUCAUCGGCACCGGUGGUAUCGGAUACAGUGGUGUUAAGUACGACCCCCUUGGCUACGGUGGUGGACGCCAGUCUGGCUACAGUUUCUCGACCGGCGGCCAUCAUGGAAAGGCUGCAAUCAGCACUGGUCUCAUCGGCACCGGUGGUAUCGGAUACAGUGGUGUUAAGUACGACCCCCUCGGCUACGGUGGUGGACGCCAGUCUGGCUACGGUUCUUCGACCGGCGGCCAUCAUGGAAGGGCUGUAAUCGGCAUUGGUAUCAUCGGCACCGGUGGUAUCGGAUACAGUGGUGUUAAGUACGACCUCCUCGGCUACGGUGGUGGACGCCAGUCUGGGUAUGGUUCUUCAACUGGAGGCCAUCAUGGAGGGGCUGGUAUCGGCACUGGUCUCAUCGGCACAGGUGGUCUCGAAUACAGCGGUGUUAAGUACGACCCCCUCGGCUACGGUGGUGAACGGCAGUCUGGGUACGAUUUUUCGACCGGAGGCCAUCUUGGAAGAGCUACAAUCAGCACUGGUCUCAUCGGCACCGGUGGUAUCGGAUACAGUGGUGUUAAGUACGACCCCUUCGGCUACGGUGGUGAACGCCAGUCUGGGUACGAUUCUUUGACCGGCGGCCAUCAUGGAAGGGCUCCAAUCAACACUGGUCUCAUCGGCACUGGUGGUAUUGGAUACAGUGAUGUUAAGUACGACCACCUCGGCUACGGUGGUGGACGACAGUCUGGCUACGGUUCUUCGACCGGCGACCUUCAUGGAAGGGCUGUAAUCAGCACUGGUCUCAUCGACACCGGUGGUAUCGGAUACAGUGGUGUUAAGUACGACCCCCUCGGCUACGGUGGUGGACGCCAGUCUGGCUACGGUUCUUCGACCGGUGGCCAUCAUGGAAGGGCUGCAAUCAGCAAUGGUCGUAUCGGCACCGGUGGUAUCGGAUACAGUGGUGUUAAGUACGACCCCCUCGUCUACGGUGGUGGACGCCAGUCUGGCUACGGUUCUUCGACCGUCGGCCAUCAUGAAGGGCUCGGCCAUCAUGGAAGGGCUGCAAUCAGCACUGGUCUCAUCGGCACCGGUGGUAUCGGAUACAGUGGUGUUAAGUACGACCCCUUCGGCUACGUUGGUGAACGGCAGUCUGGCUACGGUUCUUCGACCGGCGGUCAUCAUGAAGGAGACCAGGGUGGCGGUGCCGGACACAGCCACGGAUCGGCUCGUUUCGCGGGCGGAACUGUCGACAAGAAUCUGAAAACAUAUAACAACAACCGGGGUCACAAAUCCAGCUCGGGAUUCACGACGACCGACUACAAAAAGUUCGGCUCCAGACACACCGCCUUCGCUGAAGACGCCGCCAAGAAAGACAAGGACAUCGAAGGAAGAGGCGGUAUUCUAGGCGGUGGUCUCGGUGUCGGCGGCUACGGCGGGGGCGUAGGGCCUGUACUCGUCGGCGGGGGUCUCGGAGGCGCUGGACUUGGUGGGCUUGGCGCCGGCUAUAGUGGAGCAGGUCUCGUUGGUCCUGCGUUGGCCAAAACAGGACUCAUCGGAACCAGUGGCCUCGGAUAUGGUACCGGCAGUCUCGGCUACGGUGGUCUUGGAUAUGGUCGUCUCGGAUACGGUGGUCUCGGAUACGGAAGCGGUUAUGGUGGUCUUGGAUACGGCGGCCUGGUUAACGGCGGUCUGGGUUAUGGCGGUCUGGGUUACGGUGGCCUGGGUUAUGGUGGUCUGGGUUACGGAAGCGGUCUUGGCUAUGGUGGCGGCUACCAGUCAGGCUAUGGCUCUUCCCUUGGAAGCCAGCAGGGAGGAUACAAGGGCGGUGCUAGUGGACUCAACCAGGGUUCCGCAGGCUUCGCUGGUGGUGCUGCUGUCAGCAAAGUAGACUCGUACAACAACAAGCAGGGUUACAGUCACAGCUCAGGCUUCUCGUCGAGCGACAGCAAGAGCUUCGGCUCCGGACUUAAGCAAGGCUCCACUGGAUUCGGAAGCGGCGCUGGCGGACUCCAGGCGGGAUAUGGCCAGACGUCGUUCGGGCAGAACGCCGGCUUGGGCUACGGCGGUGGAUACCACGGCUAG